UCGUUAACCAAGUGCAUUAACUUGGUUCUUACAAUUUUCAAAAUCCUCUGUUUUCUCCUUAAAAAAAUGAUGGCUAGUGCUCCGCUAUCGACCUUGUGCAUUCUCCCUUCGCAAAAUAGGGAAGUGAAUGGAUAUGUGAUGAACCUGAGGAGUUCAUUCUAUGGCAAAGUGAUAGCUAAUCAAAUUCGUAUAAAGAAGGAAACUGGAAGUAUACGGAGAGACCCUUUUGUUGCUGCUUCAGUGCUUGGAAGGAGAAAGACUGUUGUUCCUGAGCCUGAUUACAGAAUCCCAGUUGUCUUACUUGGUUUAGCUGGUGGGUUAGCAUAUACAAAUAAUCUAUUGCCAGCUGCGCCUGCUGGUCUCCUUGGCUUGCUGCUAUUGUUCCAGACUACUAGAGUGAGAUUUGUUUUCGACGACAAAGCUCUGGAGGUAAAAGUAGGUGAGCAGCUUCAGGAAUCAGGUGAAAAUGUCUUUGUGGGCGGAAAAAACCGUUGGAAAUAUUCGACAUUUGUGAAUUGGGAACUGUGGUGGCCAAAUUUCCCGAUUCUGGUGUACUUUAAAGAGACACAGACGAAACCUGAAGGACAAGUGCACUUCUUCCCAGUAAUUUUUAAUGGCAAGCAACUCUAUGACGUUAUGGUGGAGAGAGCUGGUCCUUCAAAAACUAGUGGACCAAAAGAAUCAUAAGGCUCGAGCUUCAAGGUUAAACCAUCCAGCAAUUAGUUUGAGAUUUUGGUGCAGUAGUAUCAACAAGGUAUGCCAGAGUUUUCCGGUGCUUCUGCUGUUACUUCAAGUAGCUGCAACUGUAUCUGGCUAUUUGGUUAAUGAACUCCAUGUAUAAUUAUAGAAAUCAGAGCAAGAAAUUAUAGAAUGAUGGAAAUUUGUAUAUAUGUGGAUGAGUUGCUUAAAUUAUUACUCUGCGAUGUGAA